AUGGCUAAACCUGUUAAAUUGUGUCAGGCAGAUGAUAAUGAAAAAUGUAAAAACGAAGCUUGUGCAUCUUGUUAUCAUUGCUCUCGUGAUUUAUGCCUUGAUCAUUUAACGCAACAUGCCCAAUUAAUCGAUGCAUUAACUCGUUCAACUCUUGAAGAUUAUUUUACAAUUCUCACAAAUUUAUCAACACGUCUUCAAUCGUUAACAAUAUCAACGAAUAUUCUCAAUGAACCAUUUAAAAAGAUUGAGCAAUGGCGUAUAGAUGCUUAUCGUAAAAUUGAUGAUAUUGUUGAAAACAAAUGUCAAGAAAUAAAAAUAAAAAUUGCUGAAUAUCGUCAAAUAUUUGAUACAAUACGAAAUGAACAAUUAGAAAAAGUUGCUCGUUAUAGACAAAAAAUUGCUGAGCUAUUCCGAAAAAUUCAAGUAUCGAAUAAAGAUAUGUCAGGUUUAAGAAAAUCAAUUGAACAAAUUCAAAAUGAUUCGAAUAUAUUUGAUCGGCAUUCUAUUGAAGUUAUAUCGAAUCGUCCUUUAAUUCAUUCAAUUGAUAUUCGAAUGCGAUUAAAUGAUUGGAGAUCAUCUAGUACCUUGUCAACGUCAUCAUCUUCUCUAUCGUCAUCAGUUAUUCAUCAAUUAGAAUUUCAGGUAAAAUAUGUUCGCCUAUCAGGUAUUGUUACUUGUCACUAUAUAUUAGUUGAAGUUAAUGGAACAAUAGGAAAUCUAAUUGAUCAAUUUAUAAUUACACAAAAUAAUGCAAUUAUAGGAAAACGAAAACAACGUGAUUAUUUCCUAGUAACAGAGGUUUGUCAGCAUCGUGUUCGUCGAAGAUUUACCACUGAUACUCAAUUAAAAAGUAUUUUUAAUAAAAUCGAGGAACUUGUUUUGUAUGAAACACCAUUUGAAUUGAAUACAAUCAAUCUUCAAAAGUAUUGUCUUAUUUUAUGUCGAUUUCAAGAUGGUCUACCAUGGAAUAUUAAAUUUGGUUUACCACUAUUACUUGAUGUGCCACGUAUUCAAUGCCGAGGUCGAGAUGUUAUUAGUGCAUUAAAUAAAAUACUCAAAACAUGUUUUCCUCUUAUGAUUACCAAUAAUUCUAUUCAUUAUGAGGUUGGAAUUAUUUCAGAUGAACAUCAACUAAACUCAGCAACAAUACUUAAUCAGUGGGCAGAUGAGGUUAUUGAUGAACAUUUAUUGAUAGCUGACAAUGCAAUGCUUGUUGUUAGUCUUGUUCAUAGUAGUCAAUUAUCAACAGAAAAACAAAUCACAGAUGUGACUCGUUUAGAUGGAACUUUGAAAAGUGAUGAUCAAAGACGAAAAAGUCGAAAAUAA